AUGGAUUACACGGAGUCCGAGCCUGUACUGGAAUCCAAGCCUGAGUCUGAGUCUCAUAAAAGCGACUUUGGGACUCAUGCAGCAAAGCCCCACCCGCUACUUUCGGAAAUUUAUAUCCAGGCACAAAAUCCACCUGUGGAUCGAACGUCCAUAAUAAUUGCAAACACAAAAUGGAUACCUUCGAGUACAAUUCCUACCCUGUCCGUCUUCGGCAGCGACACGCUGCAAAAAUUUGCCGAUGAGAUCUCCUGGCCAGAAGUGAAGGCCCCGCUGGUGCUCUCGACACCCCUGCAGAUCGGUCAGGCCGAAAAAGCGAAAGAGUUGCUCAAGGGCCAGAUCACGGGUAUCUUCAGCGGGUGCGACUAUGCAUACUCUCAUGAAUGUCACAAGGCUCUUGGGUAUGCGAAGGACCAGGGAGCAGAUUCGGUCAUUUCCAUUGGAGGCGAAAGCACUAUCGGUCUUCAGAAGGCGAUCAGCAUUCGCACUGGACUACCGCAUAUUUGUAUUCCGACUGCAUAUACUAUUAGCGAAAUGGCUCCGAUUCUAAGUGAGACUGCCAAUAGAUCGAAGAAGACUCAGUCGGAGCCCAGAAUCUUGCCCGACACGGUCAUCUAUAAUGUAGAGCUCACAAUGACCUUGCCGGUGCCUAUUAGUGCCACUAGCGGUGUUAACGCCAUUGCGACUUGA